AUGGUCGCUCCAACACCAAUGGGCUCACUCUGGACUCUCCUGUUGUGCACGGUCUUUCUCUCGCUGUGGGCAACACCAUCUCAGGGCCUCGACAUUUCGUACUGCUCUCCAGACAACAACGCUGGCAGCUACCAAGGCCACUACAACGAGUUCCAAUCGAAUGGAGCCUGCCAACAGCAAUGUCAAGGCUCUUUUGCCUUUGCUGUCCUCCAAGGCUACUACUGCUGGUGCUCCAACUACGUCCCUACUCCGCAGGAAAGCACAUACAACUGCAAUCAGCAAUGUCCUGGGUUUACCUCUGAAUGGUGUGGCAACACCGACUCUGGUCUCUAUGGAUACUACCUCUUGAGUGCAGGAGUCCCUCUGGGCACCUCUGGUUCAACACCCAGCACACCAUCCUCAACUUCCUCCCCUCCCUCAUCGUCGACUUCUCCCCCUCCUGCGUCGACGACGGCCCCACCGCCAAAUUCGAGCCCGAGCCCAAGCUCCAGCAGCUCUGCCACCGCAUUAUACACCAGUGUCACCACUGUGACGGGUGAAGUUCGGACUGUGGUGGUGACUCCGUCUGCAGCUGCCACCUCGGAUGCUACCCUUGGCCAGAGUUCUACCGCAGGUGGCGGGGUCAGCACCGGUAAGGUCGUGGGCAUAGUGCUCGGCGUGGCUUUGGGCAUCGGCGGCCUGAUCGGAACCGCGGUGUACCUCUGGUUUCGCCAACGCCACAAGAAAUUGCAGCAAGAGAACGGCCCAGAAACGGCCUACCUUCCUCGAACAGGCGAUAGUUCGCCAUCCAACAAUGUCCCGUCACGGCAAGUUAGUCAGUUGUCGUCGUCAGGCCUGUUAGGGACUAAGACUCCCCGCAUCAACACGUCUGGAGUCACUCUGAGCAACGACCUGCGAAGUGCCGAUACCGGCUCGACGGCCUUUGAUCGUCGGAGCUUGGGCACAGACCAGAGACUGAACCCGUAUGCGUUGUACAUCCACGACGAGAGCCGCCUUAGCAAUGUGUCUCUUCAAGACAACCAGGAUUAUUCCAGGCAGUUACGGGUGGCCAACCCAGACCCGUGA